GAUUGGGAGAGGUUUAUCACUCUGUGAGAGACUGCAUUAGAAAAUAGUUCAACAAUUUCAGAUCAAUGUUCAUGAGCAUAAAACUGCAAAUAAUUUGCAAAGUGUCUCCGCAGGUCCCAGCCGCCUCCGUCUGGAGUUUUAGAGGAGAUGUAGUUGUGCUGUGAGGCUUUGCAACCAUUGUGAACGGACACCGGUCAUUUCACACCCUCACACUUGACCCUUGGCUUAAUUACUGCGUUUGUAUUCUUCCUAGGAGGGCUGAUCCCACUGAGUAGAAAGGGUUUUUUGAAAAGUAUUCGAGUGUCAAGAAGGAUGACAAGUGCUUCAUGUCGCCACAAGACUGUGUUGAUCUCCUUUCACGAGUUAAAGCGUUCCAGUCACUUCUGUAUGCCCCAAACUCCCUCUUCAUGGUUGCCCUCCUGCUCUUUGAUAGAGCGGACAACAAAGUGACCACUUUUGAGGAUGUGAAGCCGGUCUUCAGCCACACCACUGUAUGUCCACCAGCACACCCCUGUGAGUUAAUACGGCUUCACUUUGGCACGUAGAGAGACAAGAAGAUCAGCUUCCGAGAGUUCACACAGUUUCUCUUAAAUCUUCAACUGGAACAUGCACGGCAGGCUUUCAUCCAGCAGGACCAAAACCACAGAGGCUCCAUCUGAGCUCUGGACUUUAGGGACAUUAUGGUGACCGUCCGGCCGCACAGGCUCACACCCUUUGUGGAGGAAUGCCCUGUGGCGGUUGCUGGUGGCAGCACAUCUUACAACUCGCUUCUUAGAGCUUCAUGGAGCUUCAUGGAGCUCAUCGGGAGGACCUACAGCACCCUGGGUGGCCACUGCUGGGAUGUGGAGGUCACCAAAGAAGAGCUGAACAUGCACACAGCACUGUUCUGUCCUUCCUGCUUCGUCAGCCCACAGCAUGUUGGUUUAGCAGACAUUGAGAAGAGCGCUCCGCGGGAAGAAGGCGCCCUCAACUUGGCUGAGGUCCAGAGACAGCAGUUGGGUGGCUACAUAUCCCGCCUCAUCCUAGUCCAGGAGGCAGAGUCCGCCUACAGGUUCACCCUUGGCUUGGUGGCAGGGGCUCUGGGUGCUACAGCAGUAUUCCUCAAUGAUCUUAAGAAGACAUGCAUGCAGAAUCAGAGGAGCAGUGUCUUCCAUGUGGGAGAGCUUGUGUACAUGAUCAGCUUUGACAGUUUCAAGAACAUGGUAUGCUGCAAGGUCCUUUACUCAGGUCAGUGUGUUUGA